AUGCAGAUGGUGGUCUGGGUUAUUCUAGCAUUGUCGCAACUGGUGCGAGGAGGACAACCACAAGAGUUGGUCAACGAAAUCUUGGAGCGGGGAGACACCAACGAAAUUGUCCGACUCUUUGUUUUGACCUUUGUGAUUCGCAACACUCGAGGUGGAAAGGCCGAGAAGAAGCUAUCGUUUGAUGCGUUUCUCCACCUUUUGAAGCACUACCCAGAAACCGCAAAGGCAUUGCUUCCCAUGUUUGUUCAUUAUGGAUACUGGAAAGAUUUUUUGUUGCUCAUGGAAAUGGCCAAGGAGCAUUCCUAUUAUUCUGCUCUCCGAGAUGGUGUCAUGGAACUCAUGAAGCAUCAGUGGCACAAGGAUAUGUCGGCGCUUGGGAAAUAUGAGAUGAAGCUCCGCGAUGCUAGUAGGGAUGAGACUGCAACGGAUAAUCUCAAAAAAUGGGGCCUCGCAUCAGUCGCAUCAGUCUCUUGGCCAAAUCGCUUCCCCGAGAAGGAAAGGCUUUGGAUAAGAAGAUUGAUUUCGUGA